ACGAGUCUAGUGAGCCUUGUUGGAUUCAUCCCCCUCUCUCUCCCUCCGAGCUCCACUGUCUUCCAUGGCGACGACCCACACUUUCAGUCCUCAGCCCAUAACCUCUCUUAACCCCUUCCCAAAACCCUCAACUGGAGUCACUAUCCCGCAAUCCCGAACUCUGCGUCCAUGGCGGACUUGAUCUAGGAAACUCCCCCUCCCUUCAGUUUCGGGAAUCUGGGAUGCACUCGCCGGCGGUAACUCUUCCCGCGAGGCGGCCGUCUCCAUUCGCCACGGAAUGCAUCUCUUCAGGCAGGGAGAUGUGAUGGGGUCUUUGGUGGAGUUUGACAAAGCUAUCAAGCUCAAUCCUCGCCAUAGAGAAUAUCUUUGGCAAAGGGGACUGUCACUCUAUUACAUGGAUAGGUUUGAGGAAGGGGCAGAGCAGUUCUGUUUAGAUGUUGCCAAGAAUCCUAGUGACACAGAGGAGUCAAUAUGGUGCUUUCUCUGUGAAGCACAGUUGUAUGGCACCGUUGAAGCAAGAAGAAGGUUUCUGUUGGUUGGUGUAGAUUCAAGACCUGUUAUGAGAGAAGCUUAUGACAUGUUUAAGGAAGGUGGUGACCCAGAAAAGUUUGUUGAAGAAUUUUCAACCGGGCAACCAAGCGAGUGUUUUUAUUCCUCUCUCUAUGCCGGGCUUUAUUAUGAAUCACAGAAGGACAUAGAAAAAGCAAAGGGUCAUAUAGUUGCUUCAUGUCAAUCUCCUUAUGGCUCAAGGUCCGAUGAUUACAUGGCUUCGCUUGCCAAGGUGCACUGUCGAUGUCGGGGAAAAUUACGUGAUGGACGACAUGGCACCCAAAUGGUUUGACUUACCGUGCAACGGCAAAAUUUAAACUCAUCUUCAAACCUUUCCACCCAAUUAUCCAGCAAACUGUGCAACGGCAAAGUUUAGCAUGCCAACAUGGCACUCAAAUGGUUUUUGAUUUUUUCGGUGAUUUUUUUAUAUUUGCUACCUGUCCACCAUUAUUUUAAAAUAUACGCAUGUUACGUUUACUUACUUUUACAUCGGAGUUUCAAGCGAAGCGCCUGAUAGGGGGGAGUCAGUAUUCCACUCUCAUAUCCUAAUCUUCAAGAACCUUAUGAUGAUAAUGUAGCUGAUGACAAUUGAAAUACUCUCCGCGCGGGUAUGGGAGUGGAAUACUGAUUCCCCUAUCAGGCGCUUCGCUUGAAACUCCGAUUUAAAAGUAAGUAAACGUAACAUGCGUAUAUUUUAAAAUAAUGGUGGACAAGUAGCAAAUAUAGAAAAAUCACCGAAAAAAAUAAAAAACUAUUUGGGUGCCAUGUCAGCAUGCUAAACUUUGCCGUUGCAUGCUUUGCUGGAUAAUUGGGUGGAAAGGUUUGAGGAGGACUUUGAACUGAUGAUGUGAUGGACGAUAUGUCAUCAAUUGGACUUAAUAUCACUGCUGGCCAGAGAACGUUGGGUUCAUAGGCAGUCAGUCUUAUACAGUCAGUCUUAUAGCGCUGUAUAAGUAAAAAUUUAGGACCAUGCUACACUUACAUCAAAAAAUAUACCCCAUUUGUACACCACAGGCUUGCACAAACAUUUCGAUGGUUUACACCGACACAAGUGUUGGUGCGUUAAUAAAUAUUCACACGGACACAAAUGUUGGUGCGUUUAACAAAAAUUAGUUUUAUAC